GUCACACUGAACCAGACACUCUCGAACGAAUCGGUCGCGGUUGUUUUUCGGUUAUUUGUUUGUCUAUAAGAAAGUCCUCUCGCAACGAAGAAAAAUGAAAAUGCGCUCGGAAAAUCUGUCGUAGGAGGCUUGAAAGUAACGGUUGCAGCGCCAAAUUUUUAUUUGUCGUCUGGCCGGAAAAAAGUUCGCGUCGUAGUUUGCUGUUGCCAAAAAACGAGCGCGGAAAAUUGUCGAGUUCAGUGCGAAAAUCGGCGAAUAAUUAUAUGCGCUUUCCCAAGGAAAACGGAAAAUUAAGCGUCUGUCUGCCAGUUUGCUUUUGUGCGAGUGUGUGCGUGUAUGUGUCUGUGAGUGUAUAACAUAACAGAAAACAAAACAACAACUACAAGGCAGCCAGGAUCAACGGUUCUUCAGGGUAGUUUGUUUGAGUUUGGACAAAGCAAAAAGCAAAAGCAAAGCACAUCAAACCGGAGUGGGAGAGAGACAGAACAAGAGGGGAUAACGGGAGAGCACACCCCACUUACACACACACACCCGCUCCUCGGCUCUUUGUGUGCGCUUUUGCCGCCUGGAAAUGCAAUGCUACAACAACAACAACAACAACGAAGAGAGAACGAUGGGAAGCAGGGGAGGAAACAACAACAGCGCUUAAUUGUCUGCAGCAUCGUCGACCGAAAAAAUCAAACAAACGAUUGCAUUUAAGUCGCCCUGGGACAUUUUCCAGUCGAAAGUGCAUUAUUUCCCCACAUGCAACACAAGGAAAUGCUGAAAUUGCUUAUUAUUUCCACUCAAAAUGAAACAAAAUAAUCAAGUAUAAAAAUCGUCAAAAUAAACUCAAUCCGAAUAACCCAACGACGAACGAAAAUCAAUCGAUUUCUAAGCCAGUUAUAUACCAAGAAAAUAUGGAUCUAAGUCUGGAACGCGAUAGCUCCGCGCUGGGUAGUCUGUUCCAGCAGAUUAUCAAUGACAUGAAGAAUACUUCACCACUGUGGGAGGAUUUUGUAGCUAAGGCCGGAAAACUGCACACAUGCUUGAGGGCCGCCAUCCAGGCCAUCGCCGCCUAUUUGGAUGCCUUCCAAAAGAUAGCCGAUGCGGCGACCAAUUCAAGAGGCGCAUCCAAGGAGAUCGGGACCGCGCUGACCCGCGUCUGCCUGCGCCACAAGGCGGUGGAGACGCGGCUGAAGACCUUCACCAGCGCCAUCAUGGAUUGCCUGGUGCAGCCGCUGCAGGACAGGAUCGAGGACUGGAAGCGCACGGUGGCCACCAUCGACAAGGACCAUGCCAAAGAGUACAAGCGCUGCCGCAGCGAGCUGAAGAAGCGCUCCAGCGACACGCUGCGCCUGCAGAAGAAGGCGCGCAAGGGGCAGACCGACGGCCUUCAGUCCCUGAUGGACUCGCACAUGCAGGACGUCACCCUGCGCCGGGCCGAGCUGGAGGAGGUGGAGAAGAAGUCCCUGCGGGCGGCCAUGGUGGAGGAGCGGCUGCGCUACUGCAGCUUCGUCCACAUGCUGCAGCCGGUGGUGCACGAGGAGUGCGAGGUCAUGUCCGAGUUGGGUCAUCUUCAGGAGGCCAUGCAAUCGAUUGCCCUGGUGACCAAGGAGCCCAGUGUCCUGCCGCAGGCCUCCGAGGAGCUCAUCCACGACGCCAAGGCCAGCAUUAAUUUGUACCCCGAGUCGCCGGGCGGAGGAUCCGGGUCGCAGGGCGGCGGCUGCUCCAACUCGCUGGGAUCGCGGAAGAGCUCCGUCUGCUCCAUCAGCAGCAUGAACAGCAGCGGCUCCAGCAACUCCCCUGGCCACCACCACUAUCCGCGCUCCCUGUCGCAGACUUCGAAUGCAACGAAUCAGACGGCGAAUGUCUCCACCUGGCCCCCACAUUCCCAGGACGUGGUCGACACCCUGCCUCCGACCGCUGACCGUCCGCACACCAUUUCGACGGCCUACGAGAAGGGUCACCAGCGUCCGCCGCUGACCGUCUACACGUUCCAGAACCCGGAGACCAUUCACGAGUCGAACAGCUGCCUGAACAACGGAUCCGCCGCCUCCAAUGGCCAGCCGUCCUCCGGACAGGCCACUCCGGCCACCCAGAAGUCUCCGGCAGCCUCUCUCAGUCGGCCACCUUUGCCAGUUCGCUGCUCGUCGCUGGAGCGACCGCUCUCGGCGCAGAGCAACCACCGCCAGGGAAGCGGGAGCAACCUGCUGCAGCGCCAGUGCCCCUCUCCGAUUCCGGCUCAUAUCACGAAAGAGCUGUCCGCAGCGCAUCACGCACAGCAGCAGCAGCAGCAGCAAACGGCCCAGACGCCGCCCACCUACGUGAACAUGUCCGAGCUGGCCACCAUGGCGGCCAUGAAGCUGACCAACCAGCAGCAGCAGCAGCAGCUGCAGCAACAGAAGGCCUCGCCACCGCCUCUGCAGCAGCAGAGUUCGAUCGACUCGACGGGGUCGCAGCACUCGAACGACUCCUCCGGCUCGCACCAGCUGCUCCACCACCAGCAUCCGCAUCAGCAGCAGCACCACCAGCAGCAGCAGCAGCCGAAUCACCACUCAGCCACUGCCACACGCUCCCAUUCCAUAUCCUCGACGGCCUCGUCACUGCACUCGCAUCCGUCGAUCGACUCCACCGUCGCUUGCGGCUCGCUGGUGGGCCAGCCGAACCACAGCACCAGCACAAACACGAAUACGAACACCACCACCACCUCGCCGUCCAGUGGCAGCUCGACGCCACAGAACCAUUACUCGCCCCUGCUAACCAACUCCCCCACGUCCACCGCCGCAGGUACUCCCAGCGGGAGCAGUCUGGGCCAAGGCUCCGCCCUCGGGUUCGUCUACCAGGUCAGCUCGCCGACGCCGCCCUCCAGCGAGGUGCUCAAGAUCACCGAGCAGGCGGUGCAGGGCGCUGGGCAGGAUCAUCAGGGGCAGGCCAACGGCGGCGCCGAGGAGACGGACGAGCGCUCGCGCGCCUCCGUGCUGCAGAAGGCCUCCAUGUUCGAGAAGGCAGCGGCGGCGGCAGCCGUUUCGCCUCCUGCUCCCAUCCAGAUCCCUGCGGCAGCAGCAGCAGCAUCUUCUCCAGCUUCUGGGGGCGGAGGACGUCGCUCCGAGGCGGAGCAGCAGGAAAUGGACAAGUCUUUCGAAGAUUCAAUACAAGCACUAAAUAAUUUAAUUGGCGAACUAGACUCGUUCCAACGCGAGAUCGAUGAGGGCAAGGGCAAGCCGAUGGUCGCUAGCAUCGGCAGCAACAACAACAACAUUGCCAACACUACAACGACGACGGCGACGAACAGCAGCAGCGACAACAACAACCCGCCCGCCUGCAGCAGCAGCAACAACAUCAGCAACAUCGAGCCGUGCGCCAUCAGCAACCAGACGAACUCGAGCGGCUGCGGAACGGACAUAUCGGACACCACGUCCGACGAGCUCGCCGGCGAGGAUGAGGACGCCGCCAGGCGGCGGGACCGGGACCGGGAUCGGGAUCGGGACCUCCUGGGCGCCAGCGAUUCGGAGCUGAGUCGCUGCUAUGUGAGCGAGACGAGUUCGCUGACCGGUGGCCUGACGGCCGGCGGCUACGAGAACCCCACCUUCGCGCACUUCGUGGCCAGCGCGAACCGGGAGGACGCCGUGUCCCUGGCCUCGGACAGCGUCUGCCUGGGCCAGCCACGGCACGCCUACGUGGACACGUGCAGCGACAGCGGGAGUGCCGUGGUGGUGAUCUACGACCACCAGAUCCCCAACACGCCGGACAUCGAGUUCGUGAAGCAGAACUCGGAGAUCGUGGUGCUGCGCACCAAGGAUCCGCAGCCGAACGCGCUGCAGCUGCACGAGAUGCGCGAGCUGCAGCAGCUGCCGGCCAACCUGGCCGCCUCGCCGGACUCCUCGCCGGACUCGGCCACCGGGCGAGCGCCGCCGACAGCAACUGUGGCGCCCGCCAAGCAGCGACUCUCCUCGUUUCGCGCCACCAGCGAGCAGCAGCUGCAGCUCCUCGGACGGGGCAGCCCGCAAAGAGGUAAAGCAUCCACUGAGCAGGCGACACAGAGCCGCACUCCCCUGGACCAGCACUCCCCACAGCCCCAGCAGCAGCAGCAGGAGCCAGUAGAGCAUGCUGGGCCACUGCGGCGACAGCUGCCGCCCAAGCCCACCAGCUUGAGUAUUUUCAAUGGGCCCGCUCCCAGUGCGGGCGACAGGCCGCUGGUGCCCCGAAAGUCCGACUUUAAGGCCGAUCUAGAUGCGAAAAUACGCAGGCAAAAGCUGAAGGUUAAGCAGCAACUGCAGCAGCAGCAGCAACAGCCGCAGCAACAGCAGCAGCAAGCACCACAAGAACAGCAACACUCACCACAGUCGCCCCCAACCAGAAACUGUAAUGUCACUAAUAAACCAGCCGCCAAUGUUACUGCAUCUGCAUCUGCAUCCGCAUCCGCAUCCAACGACCCGCAUCCGAACCAAAAUCAUAGAAUGCCAAACCAAAAUCAGACUGCCACAUCCAAUCACAAGCAAUGCAAGACGCCCGCACCAAUGGCAUUGUCACCGUCAUCACCUCGCGGCCAUCUGCCUUUGCCAUUGCCAUCGUCAUCGUCAUUACCAUCACCUCAGCCCUCAGCCACCUCAUCACUAUCAUCGAAUGCUCCGCCAUCGAAGUUGCCCGCCAGUGACCAUCCAUUCGUGUGCUCCAAUGCCCCGCCACCAGCCAACCCCCAUCAUCAUGCCAAUGGUGUUCCCAAUGCCACUGCCACUGCCAAAGUCAAUCCUAAGCCGUGCAUUACGCCCCGGCCGGCCUCGUUGUCGGGAGGAGCAGCAGGCGGUGGCUCCACGCGCAUCGCUCGGCGGUCGUCCAUCAACCAGGCCAAGCCACCGCCGCCAGUGAGACGCAGCUCGUCGGUGACCCCCGGUCCCAACGCCUCGGUCGGGCUGCAGCAGCCACAAUCACAACCACUGCAGCAGCAGAAUCUGCACCUCAGCAGCUCCAGCGAGCACUUGCCACCGCCGCCGGCUUUCAUGCUGGACGCCAUGCCGCAGAUGCCCGCGUCGGCGCUUAAAGUGUCGGAGACGGUAAGAGCCCUGGCCGCCAUGCGCCACCAGCCAGCCUCACCUGUGGCACUCAGACGCAUGCAGCAGCAGCAACUACAGCAGCAGCAGCAGCAGCAGCAACUGCAUCUGCAGCAGCAGCAGCAGCAGCAACCUUUUCUGCAGUCGGCGCACCACUCCCCCCUGAACGACGACCCCACAGCGACCGCCUACUACGACUCCUACAUGGAUCUGCACGCCUAUGCCCACGGCCUGACCAACGGCCAGGAGCCGGCGGGGCAGGUUCGCUUUGCCACACACAACCACCAGCAACAGCAACAGCAGCAACCGCAGCAUAGUCUCUAUCUGCAGCAGCAGCAGCAGCAGCAACAGCCAGUGCAUCACCAGCACCAACCGCCUGUUUACCAAGCGCCGCCGCCCGCCGAUGCCACGUUCCGCACCUCGUCACCAGCUGCGGGCGGAGCGGGAGCGGGAGGCGGCGGCAUUUACGCCCAGCCCAAGCUGGUCAGCAGCAUGUCCAGCUUCCGCACCAGCAGCCCCAGUCCCAACGGACACGCCCACCCACUGCCACCGACACAGCCGAAGGCGAACCCGAACCUAAUUGCACAGCUCAAUGCACGACUCAGCGGCAAGCAGCAGCCCCACCAGCCACACCAGCCACAUCAGCAACACCAGCAGGUUGAGGGGAUCUACGGCAACCAGCCACAGCAGCAGCAGCAGCAUCAGCAUCAGCAGCCGCCUGGAGGAGAGUCCAUCUACAUGCGGAGCGGCCUGUCCAUGUCGCAGCCGCCACAGCAGCAACACUAUGACGGUAAAUCACAUGCAGAGCACAUGCAGCUGCAGCACCAGCCACAGCCACAGCAUAGAAUUUACGCUAGUUUCGGCACCUCAUCAUCAGCAUCAGCAUCAGCAUCGCCAUCGCCAUCGGCCCACGUGGCCAGCAACAGCACUAAGCCGUCCAUUCUAACACCGACCACCUCUUUCAAUGCAUUGCCCCACUUCCCCCUGUCCUCAUCCACCUCAUCGUUGCUCUCGAAAGUCAGCUCAUUCUCGAACUCCUCAUCCGCCUCCCCGCCGCCAACGGCAGCGGCCUGCGGCUCGGCCAGCUCGCACUACCAGCCGCCUCAGCCGCCGACGGCAGCGGCCAGCAGCAAAGAGUUUGCCACCUACUCAAGUUCGUUUAACAAAAAUCCAGCAGCUGCGCAACAGGCGAACAUGCGACACCCGCACCACCAGCCGCCGCAGCAGCACUACACCUGUCCGCCUCCCCUGGAGGAUCCUCCGCCGCCGCCCAUUUACUCCGCCGGCGCCUCGGCCACGAUGCCCAAGAAGAUGGCCCGCCCGCCCACUGGCCAGAGCGUUUCUCAUCCGAGCGCCUAUGCAGCAGCCACGGCCACGCUGCCCAAGAACCUGAUGCAGCAGCAGCAGCAUCAGCAGCGGUUGCAGCAGCAGCAACUCCAUCAGCAGCAGCAGCAGCAGCAGCAGCAAUACCAACAGCCGGCAGGCAUGGGCAUUGGCCAUGGCAAUGGCCACGUGGGUCAGCGUCCGCAGUUGCCGCUGCCCCCAAAGCUGCGGGCUGCACAGCAGCAACACUUGGCCGAGCAGCAGCAGCAACUCCAACUGCAGCAGCAACAACAACACCACCAGCAACAGCAGCAGCAUCAGCCUCGCCAGCCGCCCAUUCCAUCGCGCCACUCGAGUGUGCAGCAAAAGAUAUUCGUCUCGACGAACCCAUUCGUACAGACAACGGCCGUCAAGUUCCACUCGCCCUCGGCCUCGCCCACUUGCGGUUCUCCGGUGACUGGAUCUGGAUCGGGAUCAGGCUCCCUGGCCAGCAUCUAUGCCACCACCUCGCGGAGCGGCCAUCACCAUCAACAGCUGCACCAUCAACAGCAGCAGCAGCAGCAGCAGCAGCACUACUAUCGCGAUGUUGCUGGGGGCAACAGCAACAGCAACGGCGGCUCUGCCUACUAUAACCACAAUGCCCAUGCACACCACUCAAACUAUGCCACAAGCACAAAUAUCGAAAAGACUGGAAGCAUUCGGGCCAAGACCAAGGCCGAAUUCCUCGAGAAUCUCAACGCGAAGCUGGCCAAGCAGGGGAUGUCCGGACGAGCUUUCGCCGUGCGAAACCUCAUCAACAGCAAGGCCCUGCCGGACCCCCGCAUCUGCCACGAGUCGCUGAUGGAUCAGAUAAAGCGUGGAGCCACCUUAAAGCGUAACCAGAAAAUCAACGAUCGCAGCGCUCCCAAGAUACAUUGAAUUAACCUAUAGGCUAAGCGAAGUAACAUAUUUAUUACCAUAUAAUUAACCUACGAAUAAUCACGAGGCCCGACGCCUGCUCGAUCGCAGGGCUCUGCAGAGUUUGGUUUGAAACUGAAAACUCGAAAUACAACAUACAACUUACACACAUAUGAUUACGAUACAACAUAUUCAAUAUACGAUAUUUAACGAGCGCAGUAAGCUUAACACGAACUACUCACUACCAAUACCUAUCUUGAUUUCCUAUAUCCCAAAAAUGUGUCCGAAAGGCUUUCUUCGUUAAGUGAACACAAAAUGGAAGACAGUUUGCUAACCAACUCGUCUGUUUAUUUAUAUCCCAAACUCGAAUUUAUCUUUAGUGGACAUCUGUUUAAAGAUACUUUAUGUUUACGUAUUUACCGUAUUUAUAAUUUCCCUUGUUUGUGUACAUACAUAUGAAUAUUAUUAUUUUAACAAACACUCGAAACUAAUCUGACGCCUAAUAAAUGGAAUUUAUCGUA